UCUCUGAGCAGGAAAUGCGCGCGCUGGCGCGGGAGUUGAAAACACACCAAAACAAAAAGAGGAGCUGCUGCUGGAGAACUGUCUACACCCGUCUCAGAUAUGACUUCAUUUAACCACAUUACUGCAGACCUGACCUCUACAUAGCCCAGAACUACACCAUGGAUUUAUCCGCACUUAUUAAAAAGACCGCGCACUCCUUAGUGGAGAUAAGAGUACGGGCUCUGAAAAAUAUCAGAUCAAAGCUGGACCAUGGACUCAUCUCUCGUCCUGAUCUUGUCCAGGAGCGGACGCUCUUCAUCAACCUUCUGGAAUGGUUUAAUUUUCCGGAGGUUCCUAUGCAAGAAGAGGUCUUGGAGCUGCUUAGCACUUUGUCCACGCACCCCACUGGAGCUCACAUGCUGAGGGAUGUUGGGGCAGUGGAGUUUCUAACGCAGCUAUCACCCAGCGUGGAACCAAGUCUUCAGACCAUCAUCGACAGCAUCUUCGACCAUCUCUUCCACCUGCCUGUGUCUCCUUCCCCCAGUGUCAUCUGUGAAACACAGUUUUUGUCUUCCUCUGAACCUGUGGAGGAGACAUCAGUCAGAGGAUACUUCCAGCAAAACAAACCCAGCCAGACAGCUGCUACACCCCCCAGAGUAUCGGUGAACACCUCUGUUAGGUGUCUGAAGUUUUCAGUGUUUCCAUGGCUGGCUUUGACUCCAACGGAUAGACACAUAUUGUCGUCAAAUGAAAGUUCUUUAAGAAGUGAGAGUCAGGAUUUAGUGCGGACCACCUGUGAGCUUCUGCAAGAUGUGAUCAUGCAGGACUUUCCAGCAGAAAUCUUCCUCCAGCGGCCGAGAAUAGUGCAAAAUCUUCUGCUGCUGCUGAACGUGAGCAGUGAAAGUGACUCCAGCUCUCUGCCGCUCCGGGCGCUGGCCUGCCUGCAGCAGCUCUGCAGGAACCUGAGGAGUCGACUGCGUUUCCACAGAGAUCCCAGCUUCUGCUCAGCCAAGCUCGAUCCUGUCUCUCAGAACUCAUCCAUAGCCUACACUCAGGAAGCGAGAGGGACCCAGAGAUCAGGAGUCACCACCCCGGAGGACUGCUCCCCUCGGCCCUCUGUGGUGGGUCGGCCUGGUCAGAGGCUUCGUGGGGAUGGCCAGGAUGGGGAUGCUGCCUCUACAAGCAGCAAUAGCUCUCAGAGAGGGGCUCCCCCUGGGCCAGCCCCGCAGUCCCCCCAACCGCAGCCAGGCCUGGAGCUACCCCUGGAGCCGGAGGGCGAGGACUCGCUGGAGCUUCAGGUGCAGCAGUGGAACCUGGCCGGAUUCAGUGUGGAAACCCUCCAGCACACACUGCCACUCCUCAGGACAGGGAAGCUGAAGGUUCUGCAGCAGGUUUUGGAGCUGCUGGUGGAAGUGCUGGCGCUGCUGGGGGACAGUGUGGCCCCGGAGCUUUGGGACGAGUUCAGCCUCACAGCGACAGAGCUGAGAGAGAAGCUCCAAGCAUGUAUGGAAACUCUGGGUGAUAUAAUGAGCCACCACAGAAGCAUGACAUCCUCCGAACAGCCUGAAUCAUCUGUGAUUCACCACCGCUUGGCAUACAUAGGCACUGCCAUUUUCACAGUCCGCCUUCUGCAAACCCUUUUACCUGUGGAGAAGGCCAGUGAAAACCUUCCGGAAGGCACUGUAACUGCUUUAUUCCACCUCAGCCUGGACACGCCCUUUAGUCUCGCAUUUCCCAGCAUUCACGAGUCAGCCGUGGCCUACCUGGAGCAGUCCAGCUCUGACAGCUUCAGUCUGUAUAGCAGAGUGAGCCGAGCCGCUCAUGCAAUGGAAGCCACCUGCUCUUUCCUGAAGGAGGCUCAGGCUGAGGGGAAUAAGAAUUGGCUGGAGCUGCUGGAGCUAGCGGACCAAGCUAUAGAUGGCCUUCCCUACCAUCAGCACCUACCUGUCAUCAAGGAAUGCGUUCAGAUUUGCUCCUACUUGUGGAAGUCAGCUCAGGCCAGCCCUCUGCUUCAGAUGGAGAGUCAGAAGAUCUUUCUGAAGCUUCUGUCACAUCCUUUACUUCCAGUAAAGGUGGAGACAUACUCCUGCACUCUGAAUGUGGUGAAGGAAUGUCUGGGGGUUCAGAACGUGGCCAAGCCGGCUUCAUCUGUCUGCGCCGGAGUGCAUUUUUUGUUCCACUCUCGUGUCCUUUAUGAAAUCGGCACGUUCGGCCUUCAAGACCAAGCAAGAGAGGUGAAUUCAGCUGCCAAGGAUGUUCUUCUCUAUCUGCUAAAGGGACGAUUGAUGAUGACAGCCUCAAGUUGGACUAGAUUUAAUGAGGCACUUUACCCGGUCAUCCCCGUGCUGCAGAGUUAUGCAGGCUCGACGGACGCUCUGGGAAACUGUAUCCUGCUGAUAAGCGGAGUGUCAGGCGAUCAGGGAGAUGGUGUGUGUUCACCGGCGGGUCGACUCCGCGCCGCGCUCAGGCUGCUCUUCAACAAGCAACACACUGUCAGAAGUACAGCAGUUGAGCACCUUCUGCCCCAUCUGACCAGUUCAGAAAGUCUCAAGAAUUGCAGGCCAGUGUUGGAUAAAACUGCUCUCUCAUCACUUCCAUCUCUCUACGUUACUAACAAAUGUGUGGACAUCAAGCUAGAUGAUGCCAGCAGGUCUUUCCUUAAGGUGGAUUCUGUGACUAAACUCUACAAUAUCCUCGCCUCUGAGACGGUGGACAUGGUGCUUCGGAGAUCUGCAGCAGAACAGCUAGUGGUUGUUUUGCAGGAUUCUGCCAUGCACUACGUGCUGAAGACACAGGGAUUGCCAGACAAACUCAUUUCUUUCAUCACAGAGAGUGUGAACAGCCUUGCAGCGAACGUGGACUGUCUGUUGGAGCCCACUGUUGGCAUGUUGAGGAAGCUGGUGUAUGCGGAUCCCUCUCUGAGACACAGUUUGGCCCAGCAGUCUGAUUUCCUCAUCCAUUUACUCAGAGUCUCGUUGCUAAUAAAAGCAAAUCAGGGUGACGUGACUGAGGCUGCAGUAUUGAUGUGCUUUCUGCUGUUUGAUGAAAUCGCCAGAGUGGAUGUGUGGACAGGAAAAGCAGAUACAGACACGGCUUUCUCUCCGUUCUCUCUGCCAGUCUCCAUUAUCCGAAGGUAUAACCUGCCGUUUCAGUCUCCGUCUCACCACGUGGUCAGUCCGUACUGCACUGUGCUGCCUCCUUAUUCUGACCUGCUGGCCAUGAGUGCAGUCAGAGAGGCACUGCAGUUCAGCUGGAACAGAGCCUGGCACUAUGGCACCGAGGUGUUACUGAAACACCUGAGGACCAGCAGGAGUCACACACCUGAGUUUCAUGUUGAUCUGGUGCUGUCGGAGGCUCAGGCUGUGCUGCUGCGAGUCUGUGAUAUUAAAACGGGACUGCAGGACUGUGUUGAGGCUGUGCAAACAGCAGGAUCGCACAGCGAGGUCACCUCCGUUCUGACCCGAAUGCAUCUGUACCUCCUGACUGACUGGUUGGCCCUCAAACCCACCACACACAGCAGCAAGAACAUGCUGCAAAGCCUUAGGUGGCACCCAGCUAUGGAGAGGUUUCUGCAGGUACGGCCAGCUUGCCCGCAGGACGAGAAGCUGCUGGUGGAAAUCGUAUCUUUUCUCAACACCUUUCUGAAGCAGAACCAGUCUGACUCUGACGCUAACGACUUGAGAUGGCUGGUAGAAUUGCUCAUAAAGCAGGAUGCACACACACUGCUGAACCUGUUGCUCAGUGACGAGGCCCAAGGGAAGACUGAAGCGUCUGAAGAUGUCGGUCACCAGCUCCAAAGAGAGCUCACUGGACUCUUCAACACACUGCUACUGAGGCUCACACACACCUCUGACAGGACAUGUAGGCUUCUCUCUGGUCCGUUGGCAUCAGAACUGGCGGUGCGUCUGCUGCAGUGUCUGCGUUUAUCUGACGCUCCGCGGUUUUAUGGCCUGCCCUCUUUGGAGCGCGCUCUCCGCAGCAUGGCACACACCACUGCCCUGACCGGCUGGAGCACACACACACCCAGGACGGAUCCACACACACUCUGCCAGAAGUACCUUAGCGGCCUCCUGGAGGUGAUCUCUUCUUUCUAUGUGGAGUGGGGAGGGAAUUCCAUGUCCUUCAUGGGAAAAGGUGUGACGAAGAAUGCUGUGAUGUGUCUCCUUCACCUGUCACACGAGAUGAUGGCUGAGAGUAAAGAUAAGGAUUGGAUGUCUCUGUGGUCUCUGGGGCAGGAGCAGUGUGCUGAUGAACCGUCUGCAGCUCAGCUCGGUCUGUCCUGGCUGAUUCCCCUGUGGGUGGACCGAGACCCUGAGGUGCGCUGUGCCAGUCUGGCGGUGGGCACAGCUCUCUCCUCGUUAGAAAGCGGGUGUGUGGCUCUGUUGGCCAGUUGCCAGAACAUCUCGGGCGGCCUUUGGGCGACGCUGCUGAACAUCCUGCUGGAGAAGCAGGAGUGCAGCAUGGUGCGCAGAGAGGCAGCAUUUCUGCUGCAAAACCUGCUGGUGAUGCCAAUGCCUGCCAAUGCAGAGGAGGCCAAAGACUGCGUGUGGCAGAGUCCUUGUGUGCAUGAUGAAGGGUCUGGUGUGUCUCUGGUGGGCCUCCCUGCCCUACAGGCUCUUCUGUAUCACUGCCACUUUUUUGAUUAUGUGGCUGAGACGCUACAGAGCUGCUACAGCGGCCGAUACGCCUUCGCUCUCAGCCCUCCUCCAACACACUCUGAGCCAGAGGUGAAUGACUCUCUGAGGCACUUGAGAGUUCCUAAAACCCAACAUCUCAAUCACACUCAAAGUUCAGGAUCAGUUUCUACUUCUAGCACUCUGCUCCUGCCAGGAGGCUCCAGCGAGACCCAUUCUCCUGUCCUGUCCUCCACCGGGGCCGCACAGGACACACCGUUCAACAGACUCACCGCUCAAGGUCAGAGUGAUGCUGAAAGCUCAGACUCCUCCCUCUCUCAGGACAGUCCGGAAACCUCCGCCUGUGUUGCUGUCGUAACCCCUCACCUGCUGUCAGCCAUUUGCAGUCUUCUGGCCAAUUUGGUGACUGUGCUGCCUGAAUUUACUCUCACCGCUCUGAGACAGAAACACAUUCUGCAAGAUGUGGUCAGUGCAGUGGAUGUGGCAGAGCUGGAGCGCUGUCUGGGUGAACUAAAGAAUCCUGAUCUCCUCCCUGUUUAUGUAGAGGAGGCCAGAAACCAGGUGCUGGGUGGUGUGUGUUAUGUGAGGAGUGUGUGUAAGCUGCUGCAGUGCACUGCUGUGCACAGUGAGGAAGUUUUCUCUCAGGCAGAGUUUCUAACACCCCUGCUGAACACACUCAUCUCCGCUCUUACCCUCCCUCUGACACACACAGAUGUGUGCACACAGGAUGCACUGCUGCACACCUGGGCAGAUGUGUUGAUGCUGCUGGCUAUUCUGCUGCUCCGGAGCCCUGCUGCAGUCGGCCCAUCUGCCUGCGCCGCUCUGGGGAGACGCUGGAAAGGCUUCUCAGAUACUGUCCAGGUGUGCGUGGGGCUGUGGGGGUCUGAGCCUUCACUCUACACUUCCUGCCUCCACUUCCUGUGUGUGCUGUUCUCCCAGGAAGCAAAGAAACGAGGACAAAAUCCAGAAUCGUCCAGAAAUGCUCUGUCUGCAGCACUGCAUGGAGAACCAGCUGAGCAGCUGUGUGAAAUGCUGCUGGAGAGAUAUGAGAAGACCCAGUUUCAGGAUCCUCUGAAGAAGAUCAUUGCCAAGGCCCUGAUGGCUCUGCUGGCCUGCAGCCCCAGUGCACAGAGCUAUGCCUGCAAAGCUGGUUUUAUUGACAGCUGUGUGGAACAUAUGAAGCAGAUCUACUCACAGCUUCAGUUGGAGUCGCUAAAACCAAGCAAAUCCACACUCAGAAAGAAGGAGGAGAACAGCUUGAAGGAACUCCGGAUGGUCCUUGAGGUGCUGAGGAACUGCCUGUAUCAAAAUAACGAGUGCAAAGACACAGCGACAGAUCUGAGGCUGGCCGCUGCUCUGUUGGCUCUGUGGCCGUGGCUCCUGCUGUACGACCCGUUAAUGAUCGCUGUCCUUGAACUGCUGUGUGUGUACACGGCCAACUGCAACACAGCGUGCAGGGCAGUGUGUGGUAGUGGCUGUAUUUCAGGUCACGCUUCUUUACCCAGAGUUGCUGUGACCAACUCCCUGAUGCAUGGAGUAAUGAAGCUGGCGGCUCAGGUUCCCCCAGACAACAGCAACAUUCACAGUCUGUCUUUCUCCCUGUUGACCAAUCUCUCCAUUUCCAGAGACAGCAGGGGUCUGCUGCAGAAGAGUAACUUCCUGCAGCAUUUCCUGUCCGUUCCCAUCCCUCGGCAGGUCAGUAAAGGCAGUGGUUCUGCAGUGGUCACUCUGUCUCAGUGGCUGCAGCUGCUUCUGAGCAUCUCCUUUGGGGAAGAUGGUCAGGUGAUGAUAGUGAAGCUGCGUGGAGCUGUGGAGCUGCUGGUUGACCUGGCGAAGAGCAUGCUGGGAGAAAGCCCACCUACCGCCCUCCUCAUCCUACACAACAUCUGCUUCUGCUCGGCCAACAAGGCCAGAGUGCUCGCCUGUGACAAGGCUGUAGGGUUGCUGUGGUCAUGCUUGGAUAACAGCUCAGCAGAGAUCCGUGCUAUUGGAGCCUCAGCUCUGUGGGCUUUGCUGCACAAUUUCCAAAAGGCUAAAACAACUUUGAAGUCUCCUUCCAUCAGGCUGAAAGUGGACGAGGCUCAUGCACGGGCUAAGAAAGUUGCAGAGCAGAAGAAUCCAGAUCGCGUGAACGUAUAUUUACUAAAAUGCCUCGAAAAUCUCAGCAAAAUUCUAAAUACCUGAGUGCCUUAAAUGCCAUCAGCAGCCUCUUAGAAUGUUGUGUAUAUCUUUUGAUGUUAUAAUUUAUUUUUCAUUUUUUUUAAAUAGGUACUAAAUGUCUAGAUGUGAAAAUGAAGUGUUAAUGAGAAAAUGUUAAAUGUUAUUUAAUCAUGCUUUGUAUGUUUUUGUUUGGAAAUAAAAGUUAUGAUUUACUUUU